UCAGGUCACAAACAGAGCAAUUUCAGACCAAAAAGAAGUGCAAGUUCAUCAACGAGCAAACAAGUUAGUCCCACAGUAACACCCUCUUAUGUACAACUGCUGAUACGAGACGAGCUGAGACUUCUACAGAACCAAAUCUGCGCUAAAGAUCACGUGUUAUGCCGUGCAGGACCGAGAGGAAAACCGGGCCGUCGAGGAAGACCGGGAAACCCUGGGAAGUAUGGCCCCCAGGGAAUUCCAGGACCAAUGGGCAUAAAGGGAGAUCCGGGAGUACAGGGAAAUGUGGGACUACCGGGACCAAGAGGACCCCGAGGAGAGAAGGGUCAGAAAGGCGAACAGGGAAAGUCAAUUUCCGCUCCCUUUUUCAUCGAAGCGCCUGCUGAAAAGACAGUCAAAGAAGGCCAAACAGCAAUUUUGAAAUGUUCAGUUGACGGGUAUCCACAACCGAGGGUCACCUGGUCCAGGGAAAGACCGACUCUGCCUCUUCGGCGUUACGUGACGGGACCCAGUAACGCUCUGAUCUUAAAAGAUGUAAAACCAGAAGAUACUGGAAUCUACACCUGUAGCGCAGAAAACCUGCUGGGAAUUACUAACGCCUCAGCACAAUUAACAGUGCAAUGUAAGUUUUAUCGCUCACGAAAUCUUUUGAAAGCUUAUGCGAACAAUUCGUGUCAAAACAUAACUUGCCAAUCCUUGCCCUUAUAAUAUCGGUGAAUUUUAACAACAAGUAGGCACUAGAGUAAUCCAAGCAAAUCGUCUCUUCAAGACUUGAUAAUUCUAAAGCAUUCACCUUCAUUCAUUUGUUUUUUCUGGUUAUAUUUAAACAGUUGCUCCGCGGUUAUCAAUGAGUCCCAGUCGAGUGAUGGCUGAAGAGGGACAAAACAUCAACAUUGCCUGCAGUGCUACUGGUCAGCCGCAGCCUAUUAUCACGUGGUCGAAAUCGAUCGGUGAUUUACCUGUCGGAGCUGUGGUUAGUUCUACUGCAUUGAAAAACAACAAGGUGAAAAACCAGGACGGGGGAACCUAUGUGUGCAGAGCAAAGAAUAUUCUUGGGAAUGUUCAGGGUACAGCUCAAUUGGUGGUUUUCUCUCGUCUGCGAUUUAAAGUUCGCCCACCGAUGGAAACUACUCCUAAGCUGGGGUAUCCUGUGCGUUUACCAUGUGUAGCCGAAAGUGACCUGGGCACUACAAUCACAUGGUUAAAGGAUGGCAAUCCAUCACUUCCGGUUGAUUCUAACAUUUUACGGAACAACACACUGGUUAUUUAUAACGUGAAAAAUUCACACGUUGGAUCAUACACUUGCAGAGCAAGCAACACUUUGUCAACAAUCGAAGCUAGCGUUGAAAUUAAGACUCCAACUGUUUCUUCCUGUUCUGUGGCACGGAAGUACAUCAGUGGCUCUAGCGGAAGUUACGUCAUUGACCCGGAUGGUAACGGGGGACUGGCACCGUUUACUGUGUAUUGUGACAUGAGCGACAAAAAUGGAGUUGGCGUGACAGUUAUAAGUCACGACAGUGAGAGCAGAACACUAGUGGACGGACUUGAGGAAGCGGGAUCAUACACACGCAAUAUUCAUUAUUCAGGAGCAAGUUUUCCUCAGCUGGCGAGCCUUACUGACGUGUCUAAAAACUGUAUACAGUUCAUCAAAUAUGAAUGCUAUGGCUCUGUCCUGCUUUCCGGCCCAUAUGGCUGGUGGGUAUCACGUGACUCUUCUGAAAUGACGUAUUGGGGAGGAGCCUCACCGGGAAGUAAUAAGUGCGCAUGCGGAAUGACCAACUCAUGUGCAGACUCCGGUAAAAGGUGUAAUUGUGAUAAGAAUGAUGCAGUGUGGCGUGAAGACAGCGGUCUUCUCACGGACAAGACACAACUGCCAGUCAAACAGCUCAGGUUUGGAGAUACAACAACACACGGUCCUAUUGAUGAGAAAGGCUUCCACACUCUGGGGAAACUUAAUUGUUACGGAAUAGCAAGUGAAUAG